AUGACCAGCUGCUUCGAGACGAUGAGCGCGACGCUACAUCUCGAAGAUGGCUCGCGAUUUGAGGGGCAGCUCUUCGGCGCCACAAAAUCAAUAUAUGGAGAGAUUGUUUUUCAAACCGGAAUGGUCGGCUACGUCGAGAGCUUGACCGACCCCUCAUACGCACAUCAACUCCUCACCCUCACCUACCCGCUGAUCGGCAAUUACGGCGUCCCAGAUGAGACGAAGCGCGACGAAUUCGGUCUACCCGAGGGCUUCGAAUCUGCCAAAAUUUGGCCGGCCGCAUUGAUUGUAGACAGGAUCUGCCCGGAGGGCGAAGAAAGCCACUGGCGCUCGAAGAGCUCGCUGUCGGAUUGGUUGAAGCGCCAUGGAGUCCCUGGCCUAUCCGGGAUUGACGUGCGCCAGUUGACGAAGAAAAUUCGAGAGCAGGGGACAAUGAAGGCGAAGCUAAUCAUCGACGGCGAUGAGCCGGACAAAUUCCCCUUCGUCGACUUCAACGAAACAAACGUCGUGGCCUCAGUAUCCCGAAAAGAACCGGAAAUCUACGGAGAUGGCCCCACGACUGUGCUGGCCGUCGAUUGUGGCUUGAAAUAUAAUCAGAUUCGCUGCUUGGUACGACGUGUCGGCAGGGUAAAGGUCGUCCCCUGGGAUUGGCCCAUUGAAAAAGAAGAGUUCGACGGUCUCUUCCUGUCGAACGGACCCGGCGAUCCCGAGAAAUGCGCCCUGCUCGUUGAACGCCUAUCAAAGAUCGUGGCCCGAGGCGACAAGCCGAUCUUUGGAAUCUGCCUCGGCCACCAGCUCCUCGCCAGGGCUGUCGGUGCCAAAACCUACAAGCUAAAAUAUGGCAAUCGUGGUCACAACCAGCCGUGUACACACUACGCGACGGGCCGUUGCUACAUUACAUCACAGAAUCACGGAUUUGCGGUUGACGAAAAGACCCUGCCGACAACCUGGCGUCCACUCUUCACCAAUGAGAAUGACGGAACAAAUGAAGGAAUCGUGCACGUCGACAAGCCCUUGUUCAGCGUCCAAUUCCACCCAGAACAUUCAGCCGGGCCCACCGAUUGCGAGUUCCUGUUCGACAUUUUUGCCGAAGUCGUCGCCGCGGCAAAGAAGGGGCAAUUGCUGAGCGCCGACAAGCUCAUCACCGAACGCCUCACCUUCCCAUCCACCUACAAAAUUACCGAGCAGAAGAAGGUGCUCGUGCUCGGCUCCGGAGGCCUGACGAUCGGUCAGGCUGGCGAGUUUGACUACUCUGGCGCACAGGCCCUCAAAGCGCUUCGCGAAGAGGGAAUCGCUUCCGUGCUCAUCAACCCCAACGUGGCCACUGUGCAGACAAUCAAGGGAUUCGCGGAUAAGACGAAUUUCCUGCCCGUCACCAAGGAGUACGUUACGGAUGUGAUCAAGAAGGAACGCCCGACCGGCAUCCUCUGCACGUUUGGCGGGCAGACGGCACUAAAUUGUGCCAUUGAUUUGUACAAGGACGGCAUCUUCGACCAGUACAACGUGCAGGUGGAAUAUGAAGUGGUUCGCGACGCCUACGACAACUGCAUCACCGUCUGCAACAUGGAAAACGUCGAUCCGCUCGGGAUUCAUACAGGAGAAUCGGUGGUCGUUGCCCCGUCGCAGACGCUGUCCGACAAGGAGUACAACAUGCUCCGCACCUGUGCCAUCAAAGUGAUCCGCCAUCUCGGCAUCAUCGGCGAGUGCAACAUCCAAUACGCGCUGGACCCCGACUCGGAGCAGUACUACAUCAUCGAAGUCCCGCAAUUUUCGUUCUCACGGCUGGCCGGCGCCGAUGUGAUGCUUGGCGUGGAGAUGGCAUCGACUGGCGAGGUUGCGUGCUUCGGUCGCGACCGACAUGAAGCCUACUUGAAGGGCUUGCUGGCCACCGGCUUUGUCCCACCCAGGAAGAACAUCUUCAUCUCGAUGGGCGGAGUUGACCAUAAGCGCGAAAUGAUGCCCAGCAUACAGACGCUCAUCUCUCUCGGCUUCGACUUGUACGCGUCGAAGGGCACCGCCGAUUAUUUGCACGGGCUCGAUAUUCCGGUUCACGUGGUUGAUUGGCCAUUCGAAGAAGGAGCCAGCGAUGACAAAACGGCAGCGGGAUCCCGGUCGGUCACCGAAUUCUUCCAAAACAAAGACUUCCACCUGAUGAUCAACCUGCCGAUCCGGCGCAGCGGCGCGUACAGGGAAGACUGGGAGAGCUGUACACGCGCCGCACUCGCCGGUGGUGUGACGAUGAUUCUCGCGAUGCCCAACACGAACCCGGCCCUCACCGACAAUGCCUCUUACGAGCUCACCGACAAGUUGGCCAGCGAGAAGGCGCUCGUCGAUUACGCGCUGUACGUUGGGGCCACCGCGACAAACGCUACAGUUGCUGCGUCGCUGGCGCAAAAGGCCGCCGGACUCAAGAUGUACUUGAACGACACCUUCUCGACGUUGAAGAUGGACAAUAUGGCCCACUGGAUGCAGCACCUACGCUCUUUCCCGACGACUCGACCUGUCGUCUGCCACGCCGAGGGCCAAACCUUGGCCGCCGUGCUGAUGUGUGCCCAAUUGGCCGGCCGCGCCGUCCACAUCUGUCACCUGGCCACCGCUGAAGAGAUGACCCUGGUCCGCGAGGCCAAGCAAAAGGGAUGGGCUGUGACAUGCGAGGUGUGCCCCCACCACCUCAUCCUCACCGAGGGCUGCCUACCCUGCGGCGUCCGCGAGGUGCGCCCCCGACUCGUGCAAGAGGCUGACGUUCAAGCCCUCUGGGACAACCUCGACUACAUUGACUGCUUCGCCACCGAUCAUGCGCCUCACACCCGGGAGGAGAAGCACGGAGCUGAAAAAGUACCGCCCGGCUUCCCUGGAGUCGAAUACAUGCUCCCGCUGCUGCUCACCUUCGUUCACGAGGGUCGACUCACAUUGGCACAGCUCGUCGACCGGCUUCACCACAACCCACGGCGCAUCUUUGGACUGCCCGAGCAGAAGGAUACCUACAUCGAGGUUGAUCUCGGCGUCGAAUGGACAAUCCCGGAAAAUGGCGGGCAAUCGAAGGCCGGUUGGACACCGUAUGCCGGUCGUGCUGUACGUGGAAAAGUCGUCAACGUCGUAAUUCACGGAGAGGAGGCUCUCGUCGACGGGAAUAUCGUGGCCAAGAAGGGCAGCGGCCGGAAUGUGCGGCUGGCCAGCGAUUUUGGCGCCGAGGAUGAAGAUGUCAUUAGACGUGAGCUUGAAGAGGCUGCCGCUGAAGGACGACUUCCAGCCGAGACGCUUUCUUCUGAGGACUCUCCCCUGGAGACCCCGCUCCGGCUUUCCCCGGCAAAACUCGCGUGGGCCGGACAGAACCUAAUCUCCGUCGAACACCUCGACAAGCCGCUGAUCAACCGCAUCCUCGAGCUGGCCGAGCAUUUCCGCUCGGACGUGGAGCGCUACCAAUCCAUCACACACGUCCUUCAAGGCUACGUGAUGUCGUCGCUGUUCUACGAGAUCGGUUCCGCCCAACGCGCCGCCGCCGUCUGCACGCAACCGGUGGUGAAUGCUGGAGAUGGCGCUGGCGAGCACCCAACACAAGCCCUGCUCGAUGUGUUCACCAUUCGGCAAGAGCUUUCCUCCAUCAACGGGCUCACAAUCGCGCUCGUCGGCGAUCUGAAGAACGGCCGCACCGUCCACUCGCUUGCCAAGCUCCUCACGCGCUACAACAAAAUCACGCUCCAUUACGUGUCCCCGGUGGAAGAGCUCGGAAUGCCCGAAUCGGUCUGCGGCUACGUCCACAAGCACAGCCAGAUGGGCGAUCGCCCCGGGGAGACGCGGCCCGCUUUUGUCCAGAAAAAAUUCACCGACCUGGCGGAGGGCAUCAAGGGCGUCGACGUCGUCUACAUGACUCGCGUUCAGAAGGAACGAUUCAGCGACCAGGCCGAGUACGAGCGCGUCAAGGGAGCCUUCGUUUUGACGCCAAAGCUCCUUGACGAAUCGACCCAGGAAAACGAGACGACGGAUUACAAUGUGCUCGGCCAACAAAGCGCCAAGCCGAUCGUGAUGCAUCCGCUGCCGCGUGUCGACGAGAUUUCGCCCGAACUCGACCACGAUGACCGCGCCGCCUACUUCCGGCAAGCCCGCAACGGCAUGUUCGUCCGGAUGGCCGUCCUGACGCUGCUGCUCGGACGCGAUCAAGAUCUU